CCACGUCUCCUCUCCCUCUCGCAGUCGAUGCACCUCCUCGUCCACCUCUCCCGCCCCGUGGAGGUCGAUAACUGAGAGGAUCCCAGGUGGAACCAGAGGUGGCCCCCAGACGACCAAGCAACUAUGAGGGUCUGCUCAGACCGUAGAAUGCACGCGGCUGCUGCUGCUGCUGCUACUCCUGUUGCUGCUCCUGCGGGAGCUGGUGCUGCUGCUGGUCCUGCUGCCGCUUCUGCUGCUGCUGCUGCUCCUCGUCCCGCUGCUGCCGCUUGCCGUCCUCAUGCUCCCCCUGCUACUGCUGCUCGUGCUUCUGCUCCUCCUGCUGCUCGUCCUGCUACUCCCCCUGCUGCUGCUCCUCGUGUUGCUGCUCCUCCUGGUGUUGCUGCUCCUCGUCCCGCUGCUGCCGCUCGGCAUCCUCAUGCUCCCCCUGCUGCUGCUCGUGCUGCUGCUCCUCCUGCUGCUCGUCCUGUUGCUGUUCCUCGUCCUGCUGCUCCUCGUCCUGCUGCUCCUCGUGCUGCUGCUCCUGCUCCUGCUCCUCAUGUUGCUGCUCCCGCUACUGUCGCUCCCACUGCUGCUGCUCCCGCUGCUGCUGCUCCCUCUGCUGCUGCUGCCGCUCCCGCUGCUGCUGCUCCCUCUGCUGCUGCUCCCGCUGCCGCCGCUCCCGCUGCUGCCGCUCCUGCUGCUGCUGCAGCUCCUCGUGUUCCUCCUCCUCCUCCACCUCAUCAUCAUCAUCAUAUCGUUCCUCGUGCCGUUGGCCCUCUUGCUGGCCCUGAGCAUUCCGUGAUGCAAUCCGGUGGCUGAAACGCGGGCCGGGUGUGUAUGGUAGAAUGCCCUCUCUCCUCGUCCACGACCUAUCUGAGUC